GCAGAUCAAAACAAUAGCAGCAUCGAUUAUUGAAGGUUUCAGUAUCGAUAAUAGUAUCUCUCUUCGCACAUUAAGACUUCUGUCGCUGUCGGGCUACAAGGUAUCUUCAUUUGAUUGCAUAUUGUGAGGAAGGAGUUCGGAGCAUCCGCAAUAAUCUAUUCGUAGAGGAGUUAAUCCCUCGCAUUGGAGUGUUAAAAAUGAUUCAAACCGAGAGACGCCGCGUAGAGGCUCUCAAUCGAAGCUUGCAAAAGAUGAAAACAACAACAACUACAGCAUGUCUUCGGUGUGAUCAAUUAAGUAAAAGAGCAAGGCAGCUAGACUCGUUAACGAGUCCCGCCUCGGAUGCGUCUAGCAUGUUGAGCAAGGCUUCCAACAAUCUCGCCGCAACGCUCGUCUUGAUGAAGGAUGCCCGGGAAAAGUUUGAUACGAUCGUUGACUGCCAGCCUGCCAUUGAUCGUUUACACCGUGGAAUCGUUCACAUGCAGAACGAACGUUCUAGUAAAAACGGUGGCAAAAAGGGCGUGAGUGCUGCCCGGCACAAUCCCUUUGAUAAGAAUUCCGAAAAGGAGAAGAAUGUCGUCUUGACGGAACAAGACGUGUAUGCGGCCGCUGAUUCGAUGGAAAUCAUCCGCGAUGCGUACGAAUAUUUUAUCGAUCGUAGACAUUGGCGAUCGACUUCGAGCUCCCUGAAUUCCCUUGAACGAUUACAUCACAUGGGGGUGUCGUCGAUGUGCAUGUUGGAAUCGUUUCAUUUGAUUGACAGUGGGCAAGCCCUGAGGAUGAAGCGGGUCGUCAAACAAGAAGAAAGACGGGUCACGCCGGCCAGUGAAACUGCUCAACAGGUAAGCAAGGAACUAGGUAUGGUAUGCCUUAUAGAAUACUUCGUGUGCAUGUACAGGAAAGGAGCACAUUCUAGUUUUUUCAGUUCGAACGCAGCAUGAUACUGACCACCAUAUUCGAUUAUCGCUUUCAUUGACUCGCACCUCGUUCUAUGCAGACUCGCGAUCGUUUGGCAGCAGCACUUCAAAAUCGAGACUUGUUGCGAAGCAUCGGAGAAUUCGAAGAAUACCAGCCAGUCGAAGCCCGUUUGGUGCGAGAAUUACGAGGUAUCUUUGAAGCUCUCGGAGGCAAUGGGUUUCAGUUGACUCCACCAAUUAGGCGCGAACCGGCGGGUUUGGCCCAUCAUUUUGGACACCCGGCAAAUCGUGUCAUUCGCACGGAGAAAGUCGGUAGUGGGAUGUAUACAAAUAUGGUUCAACGUCCAUUGAAGACAGGUUUUCCCCACGUCGAUGCCUACGGCGAAUCGCGCAAGAAAGUUGCUUUCGGGUGCGUCGACUCGUAUCACCGACGACUCAAGUCGGAACGAAAAAAGAAAUCCGAAAAGUUUUCCUCCAAUGUUGUUGGUGAUCCAGCUGACGCAGCUGCUCGGGAUGCUGUCCGAUGUCUGGAACACGGCAUGGUGGUUGUAGCUGGAGAGAAAAAUGUCUAUCGGACMGUUGUGUCGCCAUCGCUGACUAAGAUCGCCGACGAAGACGCCGUAAACGACGAAAUUUCACCCUUUUAUCGAAAAGCUUGUGCAGCUGCCUAUUCGUACAUUGCUGCGUCCAUUGUUGACAAGACAAUGGAUAUCAUCGAAACCGUGUUUUUGAAAGAGGGGUGCAUUGGCCAUGCAUCGGGUGCGAAAGGGGACACCCCACCACCGUUGACGGUGCGCCAGACAGCCUCCGCAGCGGCGGCGGGAUUGCGGAUGCUGGACGGGGUUCGAAUGCUAGGGCCGUCGCUAGCAAAAUUGUGCGAGAUGCUCAUCGGGGACGGCGGAGACGAACCACAAAGUCUUGCCUCCAUCUUGUGCAUUGCAAUCCAUCGAACAACGGUCAAGAACACCGCACGAACCCUGGAAAAUCUUGCCAAGGCCAUUCAGGAAGAUCCAAUCAAAGGCAGUGCCCAGCGCGUCAAGGAUGCCAGGGUUGCUCUCUUGACCAUCGAUGUGGCAAGGGCGGUGAAAGUGAUUUCUCCCUUUGACAGUGCGUACAAAUCGGUUUCAAAACGACGACAGUUGCCGUGGGAUCCAAACAUGGGCGAAGACGCCGGCGAACUGGAUUCUUUCAUCAGGUUUCUCGUCAUGCGACUGGUGAAUUCUCUGAAGGGAAAGGCGCUGAAUUACACAAAACACUCUGCCGACAUUGGUCACGCCCGAAGCAGCAUGUUUAUGAUGAACAAUACCUUUUAUCUCCGCGACGUGUUGGGUCCCAGCGGGAACGGUGUUGUUUCCCCGGACGAUUUCAGGAUCGAAAGCUCCUGGUUUGUGGACAAGGUCAACAAACUUUUCGAAUCGGAAAAGGGCAAGUACCUCGGCCAGUGGGAGGCUCUCAAUACCCACCUGACUAUCGUCGAGCACGACGAAUUGGAAUACCAGAAAAACGAUACAAUUUUGUCCCUGGACAGUGGACGACUGAUCAAGAGCCGUUUCAGUGGUUUCAACGAAGGUAAAUGCAAACGUGCCAAACAAAAACAACAGUUCUCGCAUGCCGACGUGCCGCGGUGUCCGUGAACGAUUCCUUUUGUUCAAACCUAACCAUUCCUUUUGUGCUUUUGUGUGUUUUCGGCUUUUGUGCCUCCCGCCUUGUCGACGCAMCGCAACRCGACGCGACGCAACGCAACUCAGACUUUGAACAAAUUUUCGAGGAACAAAAGGAACUGUCCGUGGUCGAUCCGAGGCUCCGGGACCUCCUGCAAAAGGAGGUUGCCGGCGUUUUCAUCCCGAAUUACCGCAAAUUCUACGAGAAAUACACCAAGAUCCGGUUCUCGAAGAAGCACCAAAACGAGUACACCAAGUACAGCCCCCAGAAGAUCGGAGAAUUGCUGAAAGAGCUGUACGUAGAUCCGGAGUAAAGUAAGAAUGUUAAUUUGUAGUA